CAGGAUCCAGCAGUCACUGGAGUCCAGCUCUUUCGAAGAGAAGAGUUCAGAGAAAUUAUCUUCCUCAAAAAAGUCUCUCCUGCACACUCUGAUGAAGCUGAAGAAUGAGAAGUUGAAGCUGUUUCAAAGCCAUCUGAGUCAGGAUUGCCCAGAAUGCUGUCAGAGUCUGUCUGAAGAUCCUUAUGUGGUGGAUAAGUUCAUGAAGAUGAAGGAAUUGUUCAAGAGUCAUCAAAUUGCUGAUUACCCAGAAUGCUCUGAGAGAGAGCAGGGGGAUCCUGAGGCCCUGUACAUAGUUGAGAAGAUGCUGGAGACCUGUGGCAGUGAGAGGUCUCUGAAGAUCACACUCCACAUCCUGAGGAACAUGAAGCAGAAGGAUCUCACUGACUCACUGGAGAGAGAUGAGCAGCACAAUGAAUCCAUAAAAAGAGCCCAGCAGGUACUGAAAACUCAUCUGAAGAAGAAGUUUGAAUGCAUCUCUGAAGCUUUAGCACAGCAGGGGCACCCAACCCUCCUAAAUGAGAUCUAUACAGAGCUCUACAUCACAGAGGGGGGAAGUGGGGGGUUCAAUAAUGAACAUGAGGUCAGACAGAUUGAGACAGCAUCCAAGAGUCAAACCACGCAGGAGACUGCAAUCCUCUGCAAUGACAUCUUUAAGCCUUUACCUGGACAAGAGAAACCCAUCAGAACUGUGCUUACAAAGGGCAUCGCUGGCAUUGGGAAAACUGUCUCUGUGCAGAAGUUCAUUCUGGACUGGGCAGAAGGAAAAGCCAAUCAGGACGUUGAUUUCAUCUUCACUCUUCCUUUCCGAGAUCUGAAUUUUAAGAAGGACAGACCAUUCAGUCUGAUGCAACUUCUGCAGCACUACUUUCCACAACUAAAAGAGAUCAAAAGCGUUGAAGGUGAUGAAGUCAAAGUUUUGUUUAUCUUUGAUGGUCUGGAUGAGUGUCGACUUCCUCUAUAUUUCCAAAGUAAUAAGGACUGCUGUGAUAUAACAGAGUCAUCAUCAGUGGAUGUGCUGCUGACCAACCUCAUUAAGGGGAAUCUGCUUCCCAAUGCUCUACUCUGGAUCACCUCUCGACCAGCAGCAGCUAAUCAGAUACCUCUUGAGUGUGUCCAUCGAGUGACAGAGGUACGAGGGUUCAAUGACCCACAGAAGGAGAAGUACUUCAGGAAGAGAAUCAGAGAUCAGAACCAGGUCAGCAGAAUUAUCUCACACAUAAAGUCAUCCAGGAGUCUCUACAUCAUGUGUCACAUACCAGUCUUCUGCUGGAUUUCUGCUACUGUUCUGGAGACAAUGUUGGGUAAAGCAAAGAGUGGAGAUCUGCCCAAAACUCUGACUGAAAUGUACACACACUUCCUGCUAAUUCAGACUAAUGUGAAGAAUCAGAAGUAUCAUGGCAUUGAUGAGACAGACUCAAAGAAGAUGUCAGCAUCAGAUACAGAAAUCAUCCUGAAACUGGGGAAGCUGGCUUUUCGACAGCUGGAAAAGGGCAAUCUGAUAUUCUACGAAGAGGACCUGAGAGAGAGUGGCAUUGAUGUCAGUGAAGCUUCAGUGUACUCUGGGGUGUGCACAGAGAUCUUUAAAGAGGAGUGUGGCUUGGAUCAGGAGAAGGUCUACUGCUUUGUGCAUCUGAGCAUUCAGGAGUAUCUGGCUGCCUUGUUUGUGUUUCAUUCUUGUGUAAAUAAGAACAGAAAUGUACUCAGAGCAGAAGAAUCAAAACCUCACAGUGACAGAGUGCAGCUGUCUGAGUUACACAGGAGUGCAGUGGAUCAGGCCUUAAAGAGUAAGAAUGGACACCUGGACCUUUUCCUCCGAUUCCUUCUUGGCCUCUCUCUGGACUACAUUCAGACUCUCUUAGGAGGUCUACUGACACAGACAGGAAGCAGAUCACCUGUACCAGACCCACAGACACAGACAGAAAGCAGAUCACAGAGCAUUAAAAAAACUGUUCAGCACAUUAAGGAGAGGAUCAGAGAGGAAUCUUCAGCAGAGAGGACAAUCAAUCUGUUCCACUGUCUCAAUGAAAUGAAUGACAGCUCUCUAGUGCAGGAAAUCCAGAAUUCCCUGAGAUCAGGAAAACUUUCUGAUGAAAAGCUGGAACCACACCAAUGUUCAGCUCUGGCCUUUGUGUUACUGACGUCAGAGGAGGUCCUGGAUGAGUUUGACUUGAAGACCUACAACACAUCAGCAGCAGGUCAUCAGAGACUGCUCCCAGUAGUCAGGAACUGCAGGAAGGCCAUACUGAACAGCUGUAACCUCACAGAGAAGUCUUGUAAUAUUGUGGCCUCAGCUCUCCAGUCAUCAAACUCACCCCUGAGAGAUCUGGACCUCAGCUACAAUAACCUGGGAGAUUCAGGAGUGGAGCUGCUCUGUGCUGGACUGAGGAGUCCAAACUGUAAACUACAGAGACUAGGACUGAACAGCUGUAAACUCACAGAGAAGUCCUGUAAUAUUGUGGCCUCAGCUCUCCAGUCAUCAGACUCACCCCUGAAAGAUUUGGACCUCAGCUACAAUAACCUGGGAGAUUCAGGAGUGGAGCUGCUCUGUGCUGGACUGAUGAGUCAAAACUGUAAACUGCAGAGACUGGGACUGAACAGCUGUAAACUCACAGAUAAGUCCUGUGAUAUUGUGGCCUCAGCUCUCCAGUCAUCAAACUCACCCCUGAGAGAUCUGGACUUCAGCUACAAUGACCUGGGAGAUUCAGGAGUGGAGCUCCUCUGUGCUGGACUGAUGAGUCCAAACUGUAAACUGCGGAUACUGGGGUGAGUAGUGCUGUGUACUGUGUGACCUUAACAAAAAAUAAUUCCUGAGUAUGGUUGUGUAUGUCUGAAUUUUGUCACAAGGAAGAAAACAAAUUUGCUGAUUGCAUUUUCAAAGCCUGUAACCUCAAUGAUUGUGUGAAUACGAGUUUGCAGAUCAGCGUAUUGACUGGGGUAUGCUCAUACACUACAUUUCAAAAAGUGUGUGGACACCUGAACAUCACACCCUUGUUCAACAUCUCAUUCCAAAACCAUGGGCAUUAAUAUGGAGUUGGACCCCCCUUUGCUUCUGUAACUGCCUCCACUCUUCUGGGAAGGCUUUCUAGUAGAUUUUGGAACAUGGCUGCGGGGAUUUGCUUCCAUUCAGCUGCAAGAGCAUUAGUGAGGUUGGGUGCUGAUGUUGGGCAUAAGGCUUUCUAAUUCACUCAAAGGUGUUUGAUGGAGUGGAGGUCAGGGCUCUGUGCCAGCCAGACAAACUCUUCCCCACCAAACUCAGCAAACCAUUUCUUUAUGUGCCUUGCUUUGUGCACUGGAACAGUGUCAUGCUGAAACAGGAAAGGGCUUUCCCCAAGCUGUUGCCACAAAGUUGAAGCACACAAUUUUCUUGAAUGGCAUUAUAUGCUG